CGGCCGCUGUCUGUAACGUAGCGUGUGGUUUUUCUAAAAGCAGGGUUUUCGGCCGCAGCUCGGUGACUGCAGGUUAACAUGGGAUCUGAACAGGCCGCGGCUCAGUCUCAUACCUGUCGGUUCGUUUGACAGAGAAACGCGUUAAUGAGAACAGCUAAUGAACCUGCUGUGUUCAGGGAGAGGAGGAGAGAAGCAAACAGUGCUGGCAGCAACGUGUUUGCUCAGGACAGCAGAUGUUUCGACAGAAAGAAUCAUCACAUGUAACUUCGUUCAGCGUCUAAGCUGUGAGAUUGGAGUGAUCAGGGUGCAGUCAGCUCUGUACGGACGCGCAGACAGACAGACCUGCAGUGAGGGAAGACCUCCACAGCAGCUUACCAAUACAAAGUGCUCUCAGCAGGGGACUGUGGACAACCUGAGGACAAGGUGUGAUGGUAAGAGAGUGUGUGAACUAAACGCAGACGUGGUCCGAACCUCUGAUCCCUGCCCCGGCACCUUUAAAUAUCUGGAGACCAACUACACCUGCUUCCCAGCGAAUCACCUGGUUGUGUGCGAGCACUCUUUGGCGCAGCUGCACUGUGACGAGGGGCAGGUUAUACAGGUGUACGGUGCUGAUUACGGACGCCAUGACCAGACCACGUGCUCUUACAGACGUCCUGUGUCUGAAGUCCAAAACGCCGACUGCUCCAGUCCCACGAGCAAAGUGGCUGAAAGCUGUAACGGGAAAAACAGCUGCACGGUCCAAGCAAGCAACUCGGUGUUUGGAGACCCGUGUGUCGGGACCUUCAAGUACCUGCAGGUGGCUUAUGUAUGUCAGUAUCCUGGCUGAACAUGUCGAUCACAGUUCUAUCAGUAAAAUAAUCCUCAGAAUUCACUCAGCUUAAUGUUUAAUCACCCUGUGAUCAGGUUUAAUGACUUUAAUCAGGAAACAAAUGGGACUGUAAAACUUUGAUUUCUCUCUUCUGCACUUGUUUUAGUUGAAUUUAAUUUGGAUUUGUUUUUAUUAUACUGUGGUUAGAUUCAGAUUCAGAGAACUUUAUUUGUUUCUGGGGGCAGUUUAAGACACAAUGAGGAGCAUGAGGUGGAAAACAAGACACUUAAAAAAACGAAAACGAAUUGAU